UAUCGAUAGCCCGUAUCAUCGAUGGUUUGACGCAGCAGCCGAGACGUAUAUUGUUAACUGUUCUCGGGCAAAAAGAAGAAACACACCAUCCAAUCACAAACAGAAGCAGAGCAGCCAAACAACACCAGGAUGAGCAGCCAGGGACACCACAAGAUGCAGGGAUGCGGAGGCGGUCUGUCCGGCGGCCUGCAGAAUGCGGCAUCCAGCGCCUCCGGCAAGAAUAACGGCGGCGCCCAGGAUCAGGAGUUCACCGACGAAAUCGACCUGGGCGACCGCUUCUCAGCGGACAUGGCCCGCCUCUGCAUGAACGAGCGCUACGCGGACGUGGAGUUCAUUGUCGAGGAGCAGCGCCUGCCCGCCCACCGUGUCGUCCUUGCCGCCCGCAGCGAGUACUUCCGGGCGCUGCUCUACGGCGGAAUGGCCGAGACCACACAGCGUCAAAUACCGCUGGAGGUGCCACUCGAUCCGUUCAAGGUCCUACUGCGCUACAUCUACUCGGGCACCCUGCUCCUCUCGACCCUCGACGAGGACUCCGUCAUCGAUGUCCUCGGCAUGGCCAAUCAGUACGGCUUCCAGGACCUGGAGAUGGCCAUCUCGAACUAUCUGCGCCAGUACUUGGCCCUCAGCAAUGUCUGCAUGAUCCUGGACGCGGCGCGACUCUACAACCUGGAGGAGCUCACCCAGGUGUGCCUCAUGUUCAUGGACCGCAAUGCCGCCGAGCUGCUGCAGCACGACUCCUUCAAGACCCUGUCAAAGGAAUCGCUGGAGGAGGUGCUGCGACGCGAUUGCUUCUUUGCCCCCGAGGUGCAGAUAUUUCUGGCCGUGUGGAAAUGGAGCCGCUACAAUCCCAAUGUGGAUAUCCGGUCGGUUGUCAGCUUUGUCCGCCUGCCGCUGAUGAACCUCGAGCACCUGCUGCAGGUGGUGCGGCCAUCGGGUAUCCUGGAUCCCGACAAGAUCCUCGACGCCAUCGACGAGCGGAGCACCUCGAAGACGCUGCCCUACAGAGCGGCCCUCUGGCCAGAGGAGAACGUGGCCACGGCCAAGUUUCUGUCGCGCUGCAUUCAGGGCGAGUGCCGCACCGCCCUGCUGGACGGCGAUGUGACCACCUACGACAUGGAGCACGGCUAUACGCGCCACUGCAUCACGGACAGUAACGAUGCGGGCAUUGUGGUCGAACUGGGCACGCUCUGCAUGAUCAAUCACAUCCGCAUGCUGCUCUGGGACAGCGACAGUCGGGCGUACUCGUACUUCGUCGAGGUGUCCGGCGACCAGCAGCAUUGGGAGCGCGUGGUCGACUACAGCGACUACCACUGUCGCUCCUGGCAGUACCUGUACUUCGAAGCGCGUCCCGUGAGAUUCAUCCGCUUGGUGGGAACCCAGAACACAGUCAACCGAGUAUUCCAUGUGGUGGGACUGGAAGCUAUGCACACGGCCAAGGUACCGCGACUCAUCGACCAUUUUGUGGCGCCCAAGGCGAACGUGGCCACCAUCGAGAUGAGCGCCAUUGUGACGGACGGCGUAAGUCGCACUCGGAAUGCUCUGAUCAAUGGAGAUUAUGUGCGAUAUGACUGGGACUCGGGCUACACGUGCCACCAAUUGGGCAGCGGUGAGAUUGUCGUCCGUCUGGGGCAGCCCUAUCACGUCGGCUCCAUGCGCCUGCUGCUGUGGGACUGCGAUGACCGCACCUACAGCUUCUACAUCGAAACCUCGACAAACCGAAAGGACUGGCAGAUGGUGGUGGACAGACGCAAUGACAAGGCACGUUCAUGGCAGAACUUCCACUUCGCUCCACGACCCGUCGUCUUUAUCCGCAUUGUGGGCACUCGGAACACAGCAAAUGAGAUCUUUCAUUGCGUCCACCUUGAGUGCCCCACCCAGGACAAGGGUUACCUAAAGAAGAUUGCCGAUAUGGAAAAGGAGAAGGAGAAGAAAGAAAAGGAGCGGGAGAAGGAUAAGGCAGUCAAGGCUGUAGAUGACAAUAUUGCCUCUACCUCGGGAUCCUCGUUGGUUGUCCUCGCCGAAAGUCACUCCACCUCUACCGGCAGUCAAAGCGUCUUAAAGUCCACCCAUUGGCCGCCACAGACACAGUCUCCCAAACCGGAGCAGACCAAGGAAAAGGCAGCGGCCGUAAUGCCCUCCAUGCCAACCAACUCCCCGUUCAACACGCCGACGCUACCGGCUCCCCUGACUCCAGCCGUCUCGUCGCCACUUAUGCAGGAGCGCAACGAGCCGAGGAAGAGUCCAAACGCAAGUUCCAACACCAGUCCCAGUCCCAGUCCAAGCAGCAAUCCAAGUCCAAGCCAAAGUAGGAGCAGAAGCGAGAGUACGGAGGCUGAACCAGUGCCACCGUUGGUGGAGCUGGACACGAAGGAGUCGCGCUGAGCCCUGCAGCAGAUGAUGAUAUUUUGUACUUGAAAUACUCCUGUGGUCAAACUGUUAAUCCCCGGCAGACUGUGUGUAUCCUGUUAGUUGCGCUUAGUUGUAGUUUGCAGGCUGUGCUGCCCUUGUUAUCUAGUCCUCCCCAGUGCCCGCCCCGAAUCAUUCGCAUCGCUAGUUGUUUUUGCGCUCUUACCUUAAUCUAUAUAUAAAAAUUAUAUAUGUAUGUAUAUUUAUGAUUUAUUGUGAUCCAAAA